CAUGACAUGCACAUGUGAUUUUGUUGUCAUGCACAGUAAGUAGAAUGAUGAUUGACCUGUUUACACAGAAUUGACCCUGAUCAAAGGUUCAAUAUCGGGUGUGUGAAGUGAUUAGAAGUGUCAGUUACUUUUGCCAAGGCUUUGAUUUCGUUGUCGAAGUUGAAGAGGAUCAAAAAUGAGAAAACUGACGAAUUUCUGUCAUCAUGUUUUUCUUUUUGUGGGUCAAAUUUUUCUGGUGGUAGUGUGUACUGCUGGCUUGGCUCCUGAACAGAAGAUGGACAUACCUCAGCCUCUCAUCAAUAACGAAGCUAAUCUCAACCCCAGUCUGCCGAAGUCUUAUCCAUUGGAUUGGUUGAACACGUUGCAGCGAAACCUUCCAACUCUUCCCCAGCUGCUAAAUCAGCUGAAGAUUGACAAGUUCAAUGUCUCCGAGACCUGUCUCAAUGACACUGAGCAGACUAUCGACGACAUCUUGGCAGGCCAGACUUAUGCUGCACAGAUGCUUGAUGCCACGGCGAAGAUCCCAUCUGGUAUCACACAGGGCAACAUUCGGUGGGCGGGCGAUUACGUAGGAUGUCUUGCCGUCACUUCAACCACUAUGGGCAGAGGUCAAGAGUUCAAGGGCAAAUACUGCACGGCAAGCCUCCCGCAGAAACUGAUUCCUGGUUUGGCGAUGACCUAUUCAGUUUGCGUCCCAGGUUCGUGUAGUGAACUGGAUGUACGUGGCUUGUUGUACUCAGUUAUUGCUACUGUGAAUAACCAGACAAUUAUUCUUGAGGUGGAUUGCUCUGGACCAGUUGCAUAUGACACUGCUGCUGUCGUCUCCCUGGUAAUCGUGUUCAUCUUACUUGCGUUUGUCAUCAUUGGGACACUCUACGACCUUUUCCAUCGCAACCGCACGUGCUUCAACUUGACCGAGCCAAUCCAGAUAAACGAAGAGAAGCAUGGCGUGGAUGAAGAGCGUAUCGGGCUCCUUACGGGAGUUGCUCCACAGAAUCUUUACAGUGAUGUAAAUACCGUGCCAAGACGAGAACAAACGACCUUCGACAAGUUUCUCCUCAGCUUCUCAGCUGUGGCCAAUGCGACGAAGAUCCUGAGUACUGACUCGCCGCCGAGCAGCAUCGGCAUGCUUCAUGGUCUUCGAGUCCUCAGCAUGUGGUGGGUCAUCCUGGGACACACGCACCUCAUGCACUUCGGAAACAUGAAUAAUAUUUUAUCCGCGGCGCAAUCACUCUUCCAAAAGUGCCUUGGACAGACUAUAACUCAUGCUACUUUCUCAGUUGACACCUUUUUCGUUCUAAGUGGUCUGUUGGUGACCUAUCUGUGCCUGAAGGAGAUGAAGGCCAAAGACGGCAAGAUCAACUGGCCACUGUUUUACUUCCAUCGGUUUUGGAGAUUGACUCCAGCCUAUAUGUUCUGCAUCAUGUUCUUCACCAACCUCAUUCAAUAUGUAGCGCCGGGGCCCGGCACUGGCAUCGGGGGAUUCGGCAAUGAAAACUGUAAAGACUGGUGGUGGACGAACCUGCUCUAUAUCAACAACUUCGUGCCCUUGAACAAUGGGAAAAUGUGUUUUGCUUGGGCAUGGUACCUAGCCAACGACAUGCAGUUCUACAUCAUCAGUCCCAUCAUUUUGAUUCUGCUGUAUCGAUGGAAGUAUGUCGGUAUCGGAGUCUGUGCCUCGUUGUCCUUCGCCUGCAUCAUUGCAAGAGGAGUUAUAUCAUCUCACUAUGGGCAGAUGGGAAUAGACUUGAUAGGAGUCCCAGCUGUGGCCCCCCGCAACUUGUACACAAACGCAGCUGGGUUUGAUUACAUUUACGGCAAGCCGUACACCCGCAUCUGCACCUACCUCAUUGGAAUGGUUAUGGGCUUUAUUCUCCACAAGACCGAAUGUAAAAAGGUGUUUCAUUUUAAAAAGCUGUAUGUUUGGAUAGGCUGGAUCCUAUCCAUUGCUCUCGGUCUCUCAUUGGUCUACGGCCUCUACUAUGAUGAGAAACACCAAAUCCCGAUCGGCUACGACCUCCAGGCCUUGUACGUGGCUCUCAGCCGUUUUGUCUGGGGUCUAGCGGUGGCCUGGGUUAUAUUUGCUUGUGUUCAUGGCAUGGGAGGUCCUAUCAAUAAGUUCCUGUCGUGGAGAUUCUGGAUUCCGCUGAGUCGACUGACAUACUGUGCUUAUCUUGUCCACCCCAUCUGGAUCGCAAUAUAUGUUCAUUACCAGCGCGCGCCGACACAUUAUGACGACAUCACCAUGGUUUACUUGUAUGUCGGGAAUUUAUUCUUCUCAUAUGUGAUAGCUUUCGGCACGUCGUUGCUGAUUGAAGCUCCAAUGAUUGGCAUUGAGAAAGUCAUCUUCAAACGAUGAAAUAUGCCUUAGAGGCCUACGCCGUUCGUUAAAGAUUUUGAAUAUGUAAUUGAAUUUAAAAAUGUCCAAUUGCGAAAAUACAUACUAAAUAUAAAUUUCAACAUUGCCGUUGUGUAGACUGAUAUACAAAUACUAUGAAUACCAAUUUUAAGCAAAUUUUUAUUCACAAUAAAUGCACCACGGCAUUGUGUAUUAGUGGAUGUCUAUUUAACUGCACCACAAGUAAUUACGAACAGCGUACCCCUUUAAACUUUAAAGGAACAUCUUAGGCGUGAGGUUUACCUGACCAGGAGGAUAGUACCCCUGCUUGACACCAUGCACCGUCAUAUGCUGACCGCUAAUACUGAUUUUCGCUAGUGUUACACGGCAAUUUUGGACAUGGCUUGUUAAGGCAGGCCUAUGGUUACGUUAAUUUUUUAUUGCAGUUCGACGAUUUUUCAAUGAUACUCUAUGGUGAUUUUGCGGUCGUGCUGGAAGCCAUGUUUGUAUGAAAAACCAACAUAUCUCAUGCCCAAGUUGUCACUUUAACAACUCUGUAGUCCCAUAAUAAGAACGUUGAUGACCUAGACACUUAAUACAGUGUGUUUGAUAACGAGACUUGAAACGCCUACGUCAUUCAUUGAAAGAUUUAAAUCUGAUUGUGUGAAUAUGUCCCAAACAUACAGAGUAGCUCAAUAAAAAAGUUACACUU